CAGCGCAGGCUUUGGGUGGUGGCUGGUGUUCGGGUUUGGUCAGGGGAACUUGUCUGGGAUUUGUUUAAUUUGCAGUUAUUUUAUUUCUCCCUUCUCAACGCUCCUGACCUUCUAUUUUUCACCAAAUUAACUUUUUUUUGGAAACUUUGAAACCUUAUCUGGAAGAUGCAGGCAAUCAAAUGUGUGGUAGUGGGGGAUGGGGCUGUGGGUAAAACCUGCCUCUUGAUCAGCUACACUACAAACGCCUUUCCUGGAGAGUAUAUCCCGACUGUGUUUGAUAACUAUUCUGCCAAUGUAAUGGUGGACGGGAAGCCAGUGAACCUGGGACUCUGGGAUACAGCCGGACAAGAGGAUUAUGACAGACUUCGUCCGCUCUCCUACCCACAGACAGACGUUUUCUUGAUCUGCUUUUCAUUGGUCAGUCCCGCAUCAUUUGAAAACGUUCGUGCUAAGUGGUACCCUGAGGUGAGGCAUCACUGUCCCAGCACUCCCAUCAUCCUCGUGGGCACCAAGCUGGACCUGAGGGACGACAAGGACACCAUCGAGAAGUUGAAGGAGAAGAAGUUGGCUCCCAUCACCUAUCCACAAGGGCUUGCCAUGACAAAGGAGAUUGGUUCCAUGAGGUAUUUGGAGUGCUCCGCCCUCACCCAGCGAGGACUGAAGACUGUGUUUGAUGAGGCCAUUCGGGCUGUGCUCUGCCCUGCCCCUGAGGAGAGGUCCAAGAAGAAGUGCCUGCUACUGUAAAGUUGUAUGGACGCUACAUAGCCGAUAACCAAGCCAAGGAAUUCUACCAGAUGAUGCACCAUCAAGCCUUAUGCGGACGAAUAAUGCCUUUUUGUAACAUAUCUGGUGUUGUGAUGUUACGGUUUAAUUACAUUUCUUAAAAGGAGGUUUCAUUUCAUUUCGUUUUGUAAAAUUCUGUGUUAAUCCAAAAAAAAUAUUUUAUUUUUGCUUGCGCAUUUGUUGCCAGUUCUGUUAACUAAACAGAAUGCACACCCAGUUGAAAGAUAUUAUACAGCAGAUUAAUGUUGAAAAAAACAUCCUAUAAAAUAUGUGAACCAAGAACAUUAUUUAACUUAUUUUCCUCUUUCUGCUGGGCCCUCUUUCACCACUCCCUAUAAAACCAGAAGCAAUUAAACCGAAUGAAGAUAUCUGGGAGGAUAUAGGAGGGUUUUGACAGUCAAAAAAGGAGGCUUCUGUACAUUUUAAUACUGAAAAGAUAUCCCCAACAACUGUCCAAAUUGAGCACCCCUAAAAUGACUCCAGCAGAGGUCUUGGUCAAUUUGCGGAAGAUGAGGAUUGGGGGAUAAGUGGGGCCCAAUUUGGAGUAUUAUGUGCAGUUUUGGUCACCUACCAACAGAAAAGAUGUAAACAAUGUUGAAAGGGUACAGAGAAAAUUUACAAGGAUAUUGCCAGGUCUGGAGGACCUGAGUUAUAAGGAAAGAUUGAAUAGGUUAGGACUUUAUUCCUUAGAAUGAGAGGAGAUUUGAUAGAAGUAUACAAAAUUAUGAGGGAUAUAGAUAGGGUAAAUGCAAGCAGGCUUUUUCCACUGAGGAUGGGUUUGACUACAACCAGAGGUCAUGGGUUAAGGGUGAAAAGUGAAAGGUUUAAGGGGACAUGAGAGGAAACUUCUUCACUCAGAGGGUUGUGAAUGUGUGGAAUGAGCUGUCAGCACAAGUGAUGCAUGUGAGCUUGAUUUCAACAUUUAAGAGAAGAGUGGAUGGUAGGGAUAUGGAGGGCAGGUCGAUGGGAGCAGGCAGUUUAAAUGGUUCAGCAAGACUAGAUGGGCCAAAGGGCCUGUUUAUGUGCAGUACUUUUCCAUGCUAUUUACUUUCAGUGCCAAUGUGCUAAUUAGGAGCAACAACAGGACACUCAGCCCCUUGAGUCAGUUUUGUCUUUCUGAAACCUUGGUUCCAUGUUCCAUUUGACCUCCCCCCCCCCCCACCCUGAUAACUUAACACUUCGCUGAUGGAAAAUCUAUCUACUUCUGCCUUAAAGUUAUCUAGAGACAUUUGCUUCCACUGCCCACUAAGGAAGAGUGUUCCAAUCCUUUCAAAAAAUAAAUUGCCUCUGAUGAGAGACCUCUCAAAUAUUUACCCUCAAGUUCAUAGUCUCCCACAAGAGGCAAUACUCUCUCCAGAUCCACCAUCAGCAUCAUAUUGUGUUACUUUGUAACAGUUAGUUUCUGGGUCAGAAAAAAAGUUAUUUAAUACUUCACAAAAAAACCCCAGACAACCCUAGACACUGGAAGUGAGCCGUGGGAGAGAUUGGAGUGUGGGAAUGAAUCUGACAAUCUGGCCCCCAUGGCAGAGGCAUCUUGCAAAGGGUUCUGCAGUUUCUUCUGAACCUUGGGUUAGGUAGGGCCCUUGCUGUAGCGUAGUUGGGUACAGAUUCCUGCCAUAUCACUACCAAUAUGUUGGCCAUAGCAUGAAAAACCUGACGGCAUGAGCAUCAAUUGCUCUAACUUCCAAUAAAUUCACUCCUUCCCCCUCCUCUCAUUUUCCAUCCUCUGUUUUGGCUUCCCUCUAACCCUUUCUCUUCUCCUCAUCUGCCCAUCACCUCCUACUGAUGCCCCUUUUCCUUCCCUUUCUCCCAUUGUCCACUCUCCAAUCAGUUUCCUCCUUCCUCAGCCAUUAACCUUUUCAACCAAUCACCUCCCAGCUUCCCACUUCAUCUCCAUUCCCCCCAUCCACCCAUCUUCCCCCUCACCUGGUUCCACCUAUGACCUUCUAGCCUGUACUCUCCCCAUUUUGUUUUUCUGUUCCUUUCCCUUCCUUCCCAGUCCUAACGAAGAGUGUCAGCCAAAAAUGUCGGCCCUUUAUUCCUCUUCAUAGAUGGUAAAUUCAUCCAGCAUUUUGUGUGUGCUACUGCAGAUACAGGCCCUUUGGCUUGGUGAACCCAUGCCAACCGAUGAGCCCAUCUAGAUAGUCUCGAUUUCCUGUGUUCGACCCAAGCUGCACCCCCCCCCUCCGCAAAGUGCCUCUUAAAUGAUAAAAUUGUAUCUACCUCACCACCCUCUGCAUGGAAAAUGGUGCCCGCGGCUCUCUUUUUAAUCUUUUCCCUCUCACCGUAAAUGUGUCCCCUAGCUUUGGACUCCCCUAUCCAGGGGAAAAGGCUGUUACUGUCCACCUUUUCUGUGCCCCUCAGAAUUUGAAGCACUUCCAUAAAGUCACUCCUCAUUCUUGUUUUAAGGGAUUUAAUAUAGAAAAGGUUUAAUGUGAUUCCCAUUUUUCAGCAUUCUUCCCCAAAAUGUUAUUUGGCUGUGUGUGUGUGUGUGUGUGUGUGUGUGUGUGUGUACUGGGGAGUAAGAAACCCUCUGCCCCCAUCACCCUCCCCCCCCAAAAAGUGCUUUGACAUGUACAGUUUUUUUUAUUCCAAGCUAAUGGCAAAUGGAUGAAAGGAAAAUAAAGGGGUUUGUGGGAGAAAGGGGUGAAAUUGAUCUUUGUAGGAUCAAACUGAGAAAUCACAUAACAUUGGUGUUCAAAACAUAGACAAUUUGUUAAAAACUGGUGUGCACUAGGAGACGGGCUGAAGCUGGUCUAGCGGGCCACGAGUUUGGUAUGGGUUUUACAUUCCCAGUUGAAGAGAUUACCAGUGAAAGUACAUUUGAUAACAGAAUGGUGGCGACAGGAGGAUUGAAUUAAGUAACAGACUAGGUCCUGAUAACAGAAUAACGAUCUACCAGCCAAUCCAAUUCUCUGUUACAACAAUGAGUACUCUAACAUAAUUAGUGAAGUUCCUGAAACGUGGGUGUUGUUGCUGCUGCAUUCCAUGUCUCUAUUUUUGUCUGCGGUUUCCUGUUACCACAUUAGCACAAUCCACAUCACUGUUUACUAGUUAAUGGCCCUCUUCAUUCUUUCCCCACAACAAAUUUAGAAUAGGUUUAAAGGCUGGCACAACACCCUGUACCAUUCACUGUGCUAUGUUAAGUUGUGUCAGAAAAUAACAAAUUAUUCCUCCAUUAAAAUCAUAUGUAUAAAAAUGGAGAGUUGGGAUUAAAGAGAGGUUCACAAAUGGGUAGUGCCAGAAGUAGCUUUGCGCUCAUUAUUUUCUGAAAUUGCAGAUGAAAUUAGAACAGGCUUACAGGUCAGGUAGCAUCUGGGGAGAAGAACGCAGCAGAUAACCUUUCCUCAGAUUAAUCUCCUUUGCAGUGGGAGAGGAGGGUGAUACAUGACUCCUAGCCUCCUUUAUAAUUUCUUUAUCCUUUUCUAAUGGCCAAGUGGGUGGGACCUAUUUACAAUGAAGAGAUGAUGUCAUCAUUUUAACUUCGGCUAAUUGUUUUCCAUUCCAUUUCUGAGAGAUUAAAAUUAGCUUUAUUUGUCACAUAUACAUCAAAAUAUACAGUGAAAUGUGUUGCUUGCAUCAAAUCAAAUCAACAAAGUUUGUGCUGGAGGCAGCCCGCAAGUGUCGCCAUGCUACUGACGCCAACAUAGCAUACCCCCAACUCGCUAAUCCUAACCUGUAAACUUUUGGAAUGUGGGAGGAAACCAUAUCACGUGGAGGAAAUCAAUGUGGUGAAUGGGAGAACGGGCAAACUUCUCGCAAGCUGUGGCAGGAAUUGGACCUCAAUCGCUGAAAAUUCGGGGAACCAUUUCCUCAGAUUUUGGGGGGAUGGUAAAGUUCAACAAGUCACAAUGUUGUCCCUGAAGAGAAUUCCUUUCCAAAUGUUCCCUGCAUUUUGUUAAUGUCUUGAUAAAAAUGCCCUCUCCCCUCCCACCCUGGUGCAUCAGCAGUGCUGACAGGAUUGACUGUAGCCCAAGGUCAUCUACUUAGUAUUAGUUACAAUUUCUUCCUUUAAGUUUCUGAUCUAGUUGCUACCCUGCUAGUUUAUUGUAUGUGUUCAAUUUUUAUUACAAAGAAUAAUAAAGUUGUGAGGACAAGCUAUUGCCGCUGGUGACGAGCCGUGUAUGAACUUCGAUACAUUUUUUUCUAAUAAAAUGAACAUUCUAAA